GGUGUUUGAUACCGUCGGUUACAUCAUCGAUCGGGUGAGAUUGCGAUAUAAUGAUGAUGGUUCCACACUUGCGCACCGCUGCCGCUGGCGCUGGCGCUGCCGCUGCUGCUGCUGCUCGGGCUAUUUGCAGAAGAAGGGGGACAGCAGGGUUAGUGUCCACAGCACGGUGCAUGAUGACCUCACCAAGCGCUUAUCAACAGCAACAGCAGCCACAGCCAAGGUCGCUGGGCUUCCUGACACAAGAGCAGGCGAACUUCCAUGACACAAACGGAUACUUGGUGAUUGACGGCUUCUUUGAUCAGGCAGCCUGUGAUGACAUGCGGGCUGCUUGCACCGACAUUGUCAGCUCUUACGACCCUCAAAAGGAGGAUCUCAGCACCUUCUCAACUGUCGAUCAGCAAGGGAACGCCUACUUCCUCGAAAGCGGCGACAAAAUCCGCUACUUCUUCGAGGAGGGUGCUGUGGACGAGCAGCGAAACAUCGUUGUGGACAUUGAUCGCGCCUUCAACAAGAUUGGCCACGCACUCCACUUCCUCAACCCAGUGUUCAAAAAGUACACCUUCGACCCACGCAUCAAAGCGAUUGCGCACGAUCUUGGGCUCGUGGAACCAGCCAUCCCGCAGUCCAUGUACAUCUUCAAGCAGCCCGGCAUUGGCGGUGAGGUUGUGCCACACCAGGACUCGACCUUCCUCUACACAGAACCGCUCUCAACCACGGGCUUCUGGAUCCCACUACAGGUUGUGCACCGCAGCAGCGCAAACAGGAGCGACCGGUCACGCCACGCGUACACCUUCCAUGUCAUUGAGACCAAGAACACGACUUACCCGGAAGACAACUGGCUACAGACACCAGCACCCUUUCCUCGACUGUGAUGCGCGGGGCUGUGCCUUUGGUGUCGUGUUGCUGCUUUGUAUUUGGCUCUCUCCCCUCCCGAUUACUGUUACAGAGGGGUGGUUCUUAUCCACUGUUGACAUUUCAUGCGUGAAUGUCGACUUCCACACUCGAUCGAUCACAUCCUCACGUCACGCAGAGCGAUAGGCUGCUUGGUGAUGCAUUGAGUCCUUCCUUGACACGACCAUCGUGGACGUGUGAGAUGUUGUGAUGUGACGUGAUUGUGACGCCCAAUUUCCGCGGCGAAAAGCGUUUUAUGCUCAGGCAACACAACAACAACAAAAUGACAGGCGGCAAAAAGCUGCCAAGCUUACAUGCAAGCAAGCUGGGGAUGCUUCAGCACAGAGAAGAAAGCGUACAGCAGCACAACAGCUGCAUUGUG